CAGGUGGGAGGAAAAGGGCAAAUGUUUUCUUGGCGUUCUGUCUUGAGGACAGGUCGGUGGUAUCAUGGCUGCUGGUAUUCUCAGUCAUUCCUUUCUCUCUGAAGUGCGCCAGCCAUGGACAACAUCUUCAUUCUCAUCUUUUUGCUUGAUCCUGUUCGUCUUUCCGGGAGAGGGUGUUCAACAUUUCCCAGCCCCGGGACGCGGGACGGGAUCAAAUUCCGCUUGCCUGUCCUCAUUGAGGCGCAGCAGCUUGCGACCCCCUACCUGAGCUACCUGAGCUACCUGAGCUACCUUAAUUUUACGUAUACCGACGGAUACCCAGUGCCGCUUGGCGGGGGGGUGUCGGCGGUGGUUGACGCGUAAGGAAUGGGCAUCGUUGCUGAAUAGUGAUCAAGGCCGGCGUCUGUGGUGAGAUCGAGAGGGGGCGGGACUGAUCUGAUCUGAUAGAACGCUCUUCAACCUU